AUGAGGCAGGCGGAACGCGCGGCGCUGCUGGCGGCGCUGCUGCUGUUGGCACAGCUGCGCUCGGGGAGCAGCCAGUGGAGCCCAGAGGUGACGGAGGCCGGGGUCCAGGACCCGAGUCUGCGCUGGAUUCCCGGGGUGCGAAACCAGAGCAGCGGGGCCCGCGCGCUCCUCUUGCUGCUGGCGGAGCGUUUCCCGCGCCGCGCGGGGCCCCGCCGAUGGGUAUCUGGGACCGCGGGCGAGCGGCCGCGACGGGACGACCCUCCGCUGUCCAUUGACCUCACCUUCCACCUGCUGAGGACCCUGCUGGAGCUGGCGCGGACGCAGAGCCAGCGGGAGCGCGCAGAGCAGAAUCGCAUCAUAUUCGACUCGGUGGGCAAGUGA